AUGGUCGUCCAUAAAGGCCAACAGCCACAGAAGUCCGUGUCCGCUAUAAAUAUUGAAGAAGCUGUGCAUGAUGAUGGCGUGGGAGUUCUUUACUCCGACGACCUCGUUUCUGAGCGGGGUCAGGCCAAUGGAGUGGCAGGCACUGUAACGGAAGAAACUCAUGAACAACGAACUCAAAUUCGGUUGAAAAAGGCGGAAGCUAAGAAAGGCAGUGUAGAGGAAAGUGACGAAGAAGGUCGGUUCAAACUGCGAAAUGGAAGAGAGGUGUUUGCAGAGAAAGCUUACCUAGUUGGUGUGGCAAAGAAAGGUGAUGGUAAUGGUUCUUUUGGUAUAGAGGAAUCACUCAGUGAAUUAGAGCAGCUGGCUGAUACUGCUGGGUUACUUGUUGUUGGUUCGACUUAUCAAAAACUUGCAUCACCAAAUCCCAGGACAUAUAUAGGAUCAGGAAAGGUGGCAGAAAUUAUGAGCGCAAUCCAUGCAUUUGAUGUUGAGACUGUAAUUUUCGAUGAUGAACUUUCACCAGGGCAACUGCGAAACUUGGAGAAGACCUUUGGUGGAGAUGUUAGGGUGUGUGACCGCACUGCCCUCAUCCUGGAUAUCUUCAACCAACGAGCAGCCACCCGUGAAGCUGCUUUACAGGUCUCACUGGCUCAGAUGGAAUAUCAACUACCCCGAUUAACAAGAAUGUGGACCCACCUUGAACGGCAAGCUGGAGGACAGGUGAAGGGUAUGGGUGAAAAACAAAUUGAAGUUGACAAGCGUAUCUUACGUGACCAAAUUGCUGCUCUCAAGAAAGAGAUUGAAUCUGUCCGUAAACAUCGCAAGCAGUACAGAAACCGGCGAUUUGCUGUACCUGUGCCUGUUGUAUCUCUGGUUGGGUACACAAAUGCUGGAAAGAGUACUCUUUUAAAUCGAUUGACUGGCGCCGACGUGCUUGCUGAGGACAAGCUAUUUGCAACACUUGACCCUACUACAAGAAGGGUGCAGAUGAAGAAUGGGAAGGAGUUUCUUUUAACUGACACUGUUGGCUUCAUUCAGAAGUUACCAACAACACUGGUAGCUGCUUUUAGAGCAACUCUGGAAGAGAUAUCUGAGUCAUCACUUCUAGUACAUGUGGUGGAUAUUAGCCAUCCACUGGCGGAGCAACAGAUUGACGCUGUGGAAAAAGUUCUUGCAGAACUUGAUACAUCAUCAAUCCCUAAAUUAAUUGUGUGGAACAAGGUUGAUAAUGCAAAGGAUCCAGAAAAGAUCAAGUCUGAAGCUAAGAAAAAAGCAGAUGUCAUAUGCAUCUCUGCUUUAACUGGUGAAGGGUUAGAUGAUUUCUGUAAUGCAGUUCAGGAAAAACUAAAGGAUAUGAUGGUGUGGGUGGAAGCUCUGAUUCCCUUUGAUAAAGGGGAACUCCUGAGCACCAUACAUCAUGUUGGCUUGGUUGAAAAAACUGAAUACGUCGAGAAUGGAGCUUUGAUUAGAGCUCAUGUUCCACUCCGCUUUGCAAGGCUUCUCACUCCCAUGAGACAAACUUGCGUGUCGUAGCUGUUCAAGGCUUCUUCCAAGUUAUUCAAAAAGGUUUGAACGUUUGAAGAAGGCAUGGUUUUUGCUGGUCUUGCUAUGGUUGAUGAUAGAGACAAGAGGGCCAUGUUCCCAGCAGGUUAAUUGUGGUGACUUCCUUUUCCAGAAGAUCAUAAGAGCUUUAGGCUCAAAAGAAGAUCCUUAUAGACAUUUCUCUGGGUUUGGCCAAUUUCCUUUGUAUAUAGCAACAAUGACUCACUUCCUUAUAUCUUGAAGAUCCUCCCGAGAUCCAUUUCCUGAAAAUGUGGAGGAGGUUAAUGAAAUCUAUGUAUCUUGACCUACACUAUUUCUUUUAAGCAAACUGCUCUACUAUGAUUUCUUUUAAGCAAAUCUAUGUAUACUAUUUA